CGGCGGUGGGAGAGUGUUGUGUCAAGGCGUCGGGGGGAUGUGUUUUUUUCGCUGCAUUUACCUGCUGCGUCGGGGGAUGGGGAGGGGGAGCAGGGGGAGCAGGGGGAUAAGGAAGGGGAGCCGCUCUACGUCAGCGAGGUGAUCGCCAAGUCGAUGAACGCCGAUUUCCAGUGCUUUGACCUGGCGGAGUGUGGGCCUGCGGUUACCAGGUUGGAGAGGGUGGUUAUCCGCGUAUGGGGCGGUGGUGCCGCGGAGUGGAAGCUGGUCGUUGAGGCGGACGUGUGUCUCGCGGGCCUGGUGCAUCUGGGCGAGUCACUUGAGGACUGGCGAACCCCGCUGCCGAGGAAUGCGGUUGUUUGGCAGCUGGUCGAUGGUGUUUACACUAGCUUUUGGGAUGGGGGGGCGGAGGCACCAAUGGAGCCUGCGGCGGCGACGACGGAGGGGAUGGGGGAGAGGGGGAACCCGGCGAUGACUACGAGCUCGUAUGAUGCGCUCAUGAAGCUUAAUACCCUGUCGGAUUGCAUCCAGGACGCGGUCAAUACCUCGGCGAAGCUCACGGCGCAGACUUCCGAUAUCAUCGUUCUGCAGUCGAAUGCGUUGUCGCUCCCCCGAGCUGUCGAGCAAGCGGCAGAGCACAAGUCUACGGUUCUGAAAGCUGUCGCGUCGGAACGGAAGCGCCUCGAGACGUCGAAGCGGAAAUUACAAGACCUCACUAGCUCGCUGGCCAACCGGCGGGCGGCAAUGGAGAGCGGCCGCGAGACGCAACAGGUCGGCGAGCGCUAUCUCGACGACAACCAGACGACCCUCGAGCGCUCCAAAAUCGCGCUCUCGUCCACGCGCGAAGCCAUCUCGGCGCAGCAGAAACGUAUCGUGGCAAUCCUAAUGGAGAUCUACCCCAUCGCGCCGCACCCGUCCGGCGAAGCCCUCUCCUUCACGAUCCGCUCGUUGCACCUGCCCUCGACCAACCACGAAGACCACGACGAAGCCACCAUAUCCGCCGCACUCGGGCACGUAGCACAUCUGGUGUACCUACUGUCCUACUACCUCGGCACACCGCUCCGCUACCCCGUCAAGCCCAUGGGCAGCCGCUCGUUCGUCCGCGACGACAUCAGUGUGAUCCAGGGCGCGCGGACAUUCCCGCUGUGGAUCAAGGGUGCAAUCUACUACCGCUUCGAGUACGCGGUGUUCCUCAUCAACAAGGAUGUGCAGCAGCUCAUGAGCCAUGUCGGUCUCUACUGUGUCGACAUACGACACACCCUGGCCAAUCUGAAGAGUCUGGGACUGUUCGUGGCCAGUGGCGGUGUCAGCGGCGGGCCGGGUGCGCCCGCUGGGAGGAAUAUCAGCAGGAGCUCUACCCCCGUGCCGCAGCAGCCGUCGCCGCUGAGGAACGGGAACGGUAGUGCUUCGCCGUCGCCGCCGAUGCCGACACCGACACCGCCGUCGAAACCACAAGGAAAGGAACAGCUAUUGGCGGUUAGGCCGACUCGGCCGUAUUCGGUGUUUGCGGGGAGAGGAACAUAG